AUGAGCACAGAAAUUUACUAUAAAUCUGAUAAUUCAUCUGCCAUCGGUAAAUCAUGGAUUGAAAAACAGGGAAAGAACAACUUAUCAGCUGCAACAGCUGGUAGGGUAUUAGAGGAAGAUGAAGAAGUAAUUGCAGAACAGAGAAAUGCCUUCCUUAAAGAGAAGUUGAUAGGAUUAAUAGAAGACGGACAGGAGGACAAUGAUGAUAAUUUGAACUUUGCAAAAAGGUUUAAUGCGCUAGUACAGGAAGAGAACUUCCAAAAAGGAUUAAAUUCAUCGCUGAAGGAUGAAAAAAGAGGAAGGGGAAUGAACCCCUCGGAAUAUGAUGAUAUUGUAAAAUUGCCCAACACAUUCAAUUUUAACGAGAGCAAUAAGAAUCUUAAAAAGGAUGUAAAUUUAAUAGAAUUUGAAGAUUCCGGAGAAGUUCAGAAUUUCCAAAAAUUGAACGAAAAACCUGCGAAACAGACGAACCCAUUUACUGUUCCUGACAAUUUGGCAGAACAAAAUAGUUCCCAAGAUUUGUACAGCGAGUCUACAAGACAACUAAAUACAUUUCCUCCUAAUGAUGACUUUGGAAAACUCCACAAUUCUAUUAACGUUAACAGGCAAUCGACGAAUAAACCCGCUAUAAUUACUCCUACUGAUGACUUUGGAAAGCUUCACAACUCUAUUAACGUUAACAAACAUCCUUGGAACAAACCAGCUAUAAUUACUCCUACUGAUGACUUUGGAAAGCUCUACAAUUCUAUUAAUGUUAACAGACCACCUGUGAAAAAACCAACUAUAAUUCGUCCAGUUGACGGUUUCGGAGAACAAAAGAAUUCUCAAGAUGUUAACAAACAACCAACUAAGCAGCCCAAAUUAAUUGAUCCUACGGAAGACUUUGCAAAACUACACAAUUCAUUGAGUUGUAAUAUGCCAAAUGAGAAAACAUCAAAUGUAUACAGAGAUAAUGAUCAUCUUGAAAAAAGAUAUAAUACUUUAAAAGAUGACUUCUAUUCUGAGAAACUAUUUAAUGAUGCACAUAAAACAGACAACUAUGAAUCUAAAGAUGGGAAUCACGAAUUACAGUAUUUAUAUGAUGAAUCAAGAAAAAAUCAGAAUCAUAAAAAUGAUUUCAUAAUUUAUGUAUUGAACUAUUACGAAAAGAAUUAUAAACCUCCCAAAAGAGAAGAAUUAAAAAAAGUAUCAUCACAAAAAGAUUACAAUGGAGAAAGUAGAUUAUCAUUAUUGAAAAGAAAAAGGAAAGGCCUAACGGUGUGGAUAAUGAAAAUGUUAAAUAAAUGUGAUAAAAUCUAUGAACAACAGAUGUUAUCUUUAUUUAGUUCCAUGUCAGAUAAAGAUGAGAAUGAUUCUGAAAAUAACAGAACAUUUAUCCAUAAGCUGUGA